AUGUUACUAACGACCACCUCUGUGAUAAUCAGGGGAGUUAUUGGAGGGCGGAGUGCGCACCUCCGCUCCCCGGAAUCCACCAAGGCCAGGGGGCUCAGGCCCAUCCGGACCAGGGCCUACAGCAGCAGCCCUGAAGAACCCGGGGAAGCCCACCUAACGCUGCCACAGAAGAAACUAUACCCACCCCAUCAUCCAAGAGCAGAGACCUCCUGCAAGGAUGUGACAACCUCCCGGCCAGUUGAAGAGGCCUCCAUUACCACCGGUGCACCAGAGGCCCCCUGCGCCAGGGCUGGGCACUCGUGCACGCACCCACCCACAACCCCAGCCAGAACCCCAGCCCGAGGGCAGAGUGCCCCCAGAACCCAAAGCCUGCCCCAGAUCACCCAGGAGCAGCUAGGUUACCAUGCCAGUGACUCACUACUUCCACGUUUUCAUUCAUGUCAGAAAGCAAAAACUCAGUUUCUUCAUCCUCAUCUGUUGACCGUUGUCUGUCUUUGUCCUCAGGCUUUGGCUUCACAUCGAGCCUUUCUGCUCACAGCACGAGUCCCCUCUAAGGUUGAACAGUCCUUCAGCUAUCUGGAAAUCCAGGGAAUCCAGAGCAACAAGCCCACACAGCUGGUGUUGGAGCAUGAGCACGGCUCGUGGAGCCUCCGGCUGGGCUCUGCAGAGGAAGUGGACAAGGUGAUCGCUCACAUCGGCAGCUGUCUGCACCGGAUCUGCCCGGCAGGCGCACCGGUGUUGAAGGUAACGAAGGCACAUUUAUUUUGUCCUUUCAGGGAUUUGAUUCCAAUCAUUACAGUUCUGGAGUACAACCAGUGGUUCACUAAGCUCUCCACCAAAGACUACAAACUGCCCACAGAUGUGUGCGACCAGAUUCUGAGAGUGGUGGCUCGAUCGAGCCGGCUGGAGGAGCUGGUGCUGGACAAUGCUGGGCUCAAAAGUGAUUUCGCUCAGAAGCUGGCCGGCGCUCUGGCACAUAACCCCGCCUCCACACUUCAAACACUCAAUCUGAGCAACAACUCGCUGGAGGACAAAGAUCUGACCACCCUGCUCGUGUGGCUGGCCAAGAACCGCUCCAUCAGACAUCUUUCACUGGGAAAAAACUUUAACAACAUCAAGUCCAAGAAUGUGGCUCAGGUCCUGGACAAUCUGGUUCAUAUGAUUCAAGAAGAGGAAUCUCCGCUGACCUCGCUGUCCCUGGCUGAUUCCAAACUCAAGGCCGACCUCUCCAUCGUCCUCAACGCUCUGGGCAGCAACACCUCGCUGACCAAACUGGACAUCAGCGGAAACUCCAUGGGAGACAUGGGGGCUAAGAUUCUGGCCAAAGCCCUGCAGAUCAACACUAAGCUCAGAACCAGGGGGUGGAGCUUAAUGCUCAUCACCUGUCUCCAGCCCAAAUCCUUCAAAGAGUAGUCCUCCUCGCAGCUAUUUAUUCCCAUGAUAGUUACAGUUUACACAACACAACACAAGCACCUCCCACCGUAAAACCCCCCAAUGGCUCUAAGAGAAGGCACUAUGUGUAUCGUGCCAUCUCUGCUCUGUACUGACUUUUAUUUAAUUGUUGGUUACAGAUCAAAGGGACUUUAAAUAAUUAAUCAAAGUAUUCAAAAUACUGCAUGCAGUGUUGUCUGACCUUUGACCUCUGUGAUGCAGAUGAUGGACAUGAUGUGUGUGAGGGUGCAGGAUCAUCUGAACUCGCUGAGGUUCACAGAGACCAGCGCCGUUCAGGAGGACAUGAAAGUGGCCGAGAACCUGAUGAGGGAUGCCAGAAACUCCAAAACCCUGCUUCCCAACCUGUACCACCUGAAGAGCGCAGGCUCCACGGGUACGUGUGUCGGAGCUAUUCAGGAUAAACUGCAGUCGAUGGCUGGAGAGAUCGCUGCAGUGAUGGACGACCAGCUGCAGACGAUGCUGAGGUCCAUGGUGGAUGCUGCAGAGGCCCUGUGUCCUAAUGUGAUGAAGAAGAGCAGCCUUCGCCAGGAGCUGCUGAAGGCCAGCGCGGGGAGGAUGACCAUUCCUCGCAGCUUCGUCACCACCACGCUGCUGGAGCAGUCCGGGGUCGACAUCAUCAAUAAGAUCAGUGAAGUGAAACUCGCCGUUGCCUCGUUUCUCUCUGAUCGCAUCGUGGAUGAGAUCCUGGAGUCUCUGUCCAGAUCACAGCACACUCUGGUUGCCUUUGCUUCCUUCUGUCUUUGUCUGUCAGAGUUGGAGUUUGACCUCGACAAAGCUCUGGAAGAGGUACCGAUCCACGUCGAGGACCCUCCUCUUCCUUCUCCUUCACAGCUGGACAGAACGUCAGCGUACUAUGAAGACCUCCCCCCUCCCCCGACUCCACAGGACGUAAAAUCCGCCCCGCUGGCCGAGCUGCCGCCCAUGGAGCACAAAACUCUGGAACAUCACACCAAAUCCCGGCCAAAACCCAAGAGGACGAAACCCGCUCGGCCACACCGGGAGGCCACGGGCGGCUCGGCGCCACAGGAAGCAGAGCCGAACAGCAUCAUGGGAAAGCUGGACGAGGGCUUGGAUGACUUCUUCUCCAAGAAAGUCAUUAAACUCGGCUUCAAAAUUCCCUCUGGGAAAGGUUCGUCCACCAGCACUCAGGAAGGAGCAGAUAAAAAACGUGAAUCCAGGAAGAGUGGUUUCUUUAAUCUCAUCAAACGAACGUCCCGUUCAGAGAAGAGCCAUGGAUCUGCCGCCAUCACCCCACCUCAACCUGCCUCUUCUGCCACAGCUGCACCCCUUUCCCCGUGUCCGGUGACUUGGGAGACGACACCGGCAUCUCCCACAUCACCGGUGAAAAUCUGUCCCGUUGUGCCGGAGCCCGAGCAGGAACCCCACAGGUCUCACUCUUCAAACCACACAGAUUCUGAGAUUGAGGCGUCUCCAGCUGCCACCGAACCUGCAGAGGAGGAGAAAGAAAAGAAGAACGUGGAGAGUAAGGAGAACCUGGAGAAGACGGAGCAUGUGGAGAAAGUGGAGAAGAAGGGAAACCCCCAUAAACCCCGUCACAUCGGAGUUCCCAUGAUGGGAAUGGACCUGAUGGCUGAGAUGAAGGCCAGGCAGGAGAGAAGGGCUGGGAAGAAAGUAGGUUUAAAGUUUAGAUGCAUCAUUAGCCAAAAUAUAAGACAUGAAUGUUCAUGGGGUGGACAAAAUAAUAGGAACAGACCAUGCUCCAACGGGCAGCUUGUCUCCCAAAGCACCACUUCCUGCUCCUCGCCUGAAGAGGGCACCAUCAGAACAGGAGCGAGCGAGUACCAGUAG